AUGAGUACAACUGUCGAUGCCAUUUUUUGUUACCUCACCAACACUACCGAAUUUAUAGCAAACAAUCGUAGUAUUAGUACUGAGGAACACACAUCAAGAUUCUGCCGCUUCCAGAAUAGACAUUUGGUUUACGAUGAAUUAAACGACAUAGUUGGAAAAUCGAGAGUACAGUUCGCCACUGUCCGGCAUCCUGUGCAGCGAUUUUUGAGUGGAUUCGUGGAUAAAUGUAUUUGUGAAGCCGAAGAGGUGAAAAAGCUGUGCUUAAAGUGUAACGACAAUCUGAUUUGUUUCAUUGAAAAAUUAUAUUCGUAUUUGAACGAUGUUUAUGCAAGUAAUAAGACUCUCAAAGGCUAUAACUACGACCUUGCGCACUUCGCACCGCAGAAUUGGUACUGCAACUUCUAUAAUCAUUUUGAUGAUUAUAUUAUAAUUCGUCAAGGAGAAAACCGAGAAGAGAUUAUGGAGCAUGCGCAAAAACUGGAGAUGAUUCUUCGCAGUGCUAAUGUUCCCGACCGGUACAGAAAGGAGAUAAACAGACAGCUGCUCACGCAUCUUUCCCAAUCUGACGAAAAAGAGCAGACGUCAUCAUUUACCGUUGCUUAG